UCUCAUCGCUUCUGUGUUAUGAUCUCGCCACGGGAAGUAUCGCGAGAACCGCUUAGAGCGCCAUUUAAAACACGUUAAGUCGUCGUGAGGGCAGCGACUGAGACCCGUUAACCGGACUGAGCGACAGACUGUCCGUCGGUGACCCUACCCCCCACCCAGCAUGGCGGAGGAGCUGGACGUGGAGGCGCUGCUGGAGGCUCCGUACAAGAAGGAGGACUCCAGGAACCAGAGCCCCAACGGUGAAGAGGACCGCCCCAAGAGGAAGAAGCGCAGCCGGGACAGGAAGCGCAGCCGCAGCCGGGACAGGAAACGCAGCCGGAGUCGAGAGCGCAAACGCAGCCGCAGCAGAGAGAAGAGAAGAAGCCGCAGCCGAGAGCGCCGCUGCAGCCGAGAGAGGGGGGGCCGCUACAGAGAACACCACCAGCAGCAACGCCGACAGUCCAAGAGUAAGAGUCCCGUCAGGAAGGAGAAGAGUCCAAUCAGGCAGCCCUCAGACAGCCUCUCUCCAGAGGAGCGGGACAUCCGGACGGUGUUCUGCAUGCAGCUGGCGGCCCGGAUCCGGCCUCGGGACCUGGAGGACUUCUUCUCUGCGGUGGGGAAGGUCCGAGACGUCAGGAUGAUCUCUGACAGGAACUCGCGCAAGUCCAAGGGCAUCGCCUACAUUGAGUUUGUGGAGGCAAGCUCCGUCCCUUUGGCCAUCGGGCUGACGGGGCAAAGGCUGCUAGGGGUUCCCAUCAUCGUGCAGGCCUCACAGGCGGAGAAGAACCGUGCGGCGGCGGCGGCGGCAGCAGCUAGCAGCCUGCAGAGGGCCGCAGCAGGACCUGCCCGGCUGUUCGUCGGCUCUCUGCACUGUAACAUCACAGAGGACAUGCUGAGGGCCAUCUUUGAGCCAUUUGGACGGAUUGAGAGCAUCCAGCUGAUGAUGGACAGUGAGACAGGUCGCUCCAAAGGCAACGGCUUCAUCACUUUCCUUGGGGCAGAGUGUGCUCAGAAGGCGGUGGAUCAGCUCGAUGGUUUUGAGUUGGCGGGUCGCCCGAUGAAGGUGAGCCAUGUGACCGAGCGGAGCGAUAGCGACGACCUGCAGCUGAUGGCGCGACUCGCAGAGGGUCAGCACGCUCUGCAGAUGAGCGGAGCGUUCGCUAUCGGCGCCAUGGCUGCUGUGACAGCCGCCAUGAACCCUCUCAACAUGAAUCCUCUCAACAUGAACCCUCUCAACAUGAACCCUCUGCUUCCUGCUCAGCCGCUCGCCACGCACUGCUUCCAGCUGUCACACAUGUUCAACAGCUGCAGUGGAGCGACUCCGGGCUGGGAGACAGACAUCCAGCAUGAUGUCAUCGAGGAGUGCCGCAAACAUGGAGGAGUCGUACAUAUCUACAUCGACAAGAAGUCUGCUGAGGGAAAUGUUUAUGUGAAGUGUCCGACAGUCCAGGCAGCGAUGGCCGCCGUCAACUCUCUGCACGGCAGAUACUUUGCAGGUCAGCUGAUCACUGCAUCCUUCGUCCCGCUCUGUGCGUACCAUCAGCUGUUUCCGGAGUCGGUCAACGCCACGCAGCUGCUUGCCCCGCCCCCCCGCCGCUGACUCUGCUCUCUAAUUGGACUGUUUUAUAACCCCCUCUCCUAUUGGUGGACACGGGGACGCUGUUUGUUUAUUUACUUCCUGUUACUUCUCAUUAGCAUAUGUGGGCGUGGCCACUCAGCGCAUGUUCCAAUGAUUGAGCUCUGUGAGCUGCGGCUGUGAUGAUCAGCUGAUUAUUUAAAUGUUUUCUAAUCAACCAUUUCAUUUUGUAAAAUCCUUUAUUAAACUUUAUUUUGAAGUCACAGCCGCUGUGUCCUUCUUCCUGAGAAUACUGCGUCCUGAUUGGCUGUAUUUUAUUCUGCUCAGUGAGAAGAAUUAAAAAGUUUACACAGAA